AUGGCUGGCUGGUUGAGGCGGAGUCUAAGCCAUCCGUCAUGCAGCCUUAAGCUUGUCGUAUAUCGUAGGUUCUUGUUUUGGAUGAAGGUAAAUCUAGCCAGAGGUCUCCCGGAGGCGUCUUACACCGUGGCAUGGACAAGCAUGCUCUCACCCGUUUGGCCAGGAGCUGAAGCUCUUGAUUGCAUCAACCGGUACUUUGGCCUCACCGACUACUCUCCUCUGAUCACCGAUGGGCCUCAGAAAAAGCCAGACUCGACUCUGACAUACGCUCGACAGCGAUCCAGGGGUGAAGAAUUCGCGGAGAUCCGCGAUGCCAUAUUCUAUCUGCUCAAGGGCCAUCUAUGUAUUCAGAUCGAAUUUUGGGUUUCUUCCGCAUCGAGAUGUUCGAUGAUUAAGCACAAUCGACGAGGAACCACAUGUUGGCAUCCGGCCUACAUGAAUUGGAAGGAUCUUGCGUCUUCUCAACCCUUUACCCGAGCACUGAGCAGCGGGAUCACGUACAGUCUCUGCUUGUGUCGAGGGAAAUACUUACACUCGAGACCACCGAUGGAGGGCAUGUGCCAGCAUCCUCCUUGGAGACAAGCACACAUAGCUGUUGACAGCUCAGAUGAGAACAAUCUUACCGUCAUGUUCGUUUCAACCGCCGUGAUCAUCCCUUUCCGAGUCAGCGACGGGCAAGAUGAUUCAUCGGCACAAGAGCACGAGGCAUCCGUACUGCCAGACAUUUUUGCCGAGUCAGACAAACUCUUGAGCCCAGAUGCCUGCUGCAGAACGCCUACUCCCCCCAGCCCGCAGGACACGGGAGUUCUAUCAGAUCCAUAUGAAAAGAGACAUGGCUGGCAUUCAUUUUUGUUUGAGACAAGCUGCAACCAGGUCUCUCACCGGCGCUGGCUGAGCUUCCGGCCGUUGGAGGAUGAUAAAAGCACCGAGACGAAAAUAGUAUGUGCCGUUCAAUUAUGCGUACUGUCACCGCUUGGAAGCAUCGUGGACCGAAGGCUGAAAGAGAACAGUCGUUCACUCUCCAAGGCACGUGGACAGAUCGGAAACGCCGGAUCUGCCGCCACGCCGGCGAUGGCCUCGGGACAAUCAUCGUCGACCACGCGGACGGCCCGUGAUAAUCGAACUCAAGAGAACAAUCACAGAAAGGCGAGAGUCCCCCGGGGGUUCGUAUUCAAGAUCGAGCCGUCGUCGAACACUGGAAAAAGAAGCGGUGAACAGCGAUGCGUGUUUCUAGACUCUAUAGAGUUGAGACAGAGUUGCCCGUCAAUGGCGUCGGCGACGGGAAGAAUGGUUCGUCACCUCAUCAUCGUCUUUGAUGGACGCGUUCGAUCUCAAAAUGAGGCUCGAUGGAAUCUGAGCUUGACUAGAGAACGCAUAUCCGUAGAUGCAUUGCGCCUCCUGCAAGGCCUGUAUUGCUGCAAGUCAUUCCUUUUAGAAUCAUCUAUUAUCCGCGGCCAAAUUUUUGGUAUCUCGGCACGCCCGGUCUUGUGUCGUCAAACUCGUGACGGGUCAGUAGCAUUAGGCGCAGCGAUCCGUCGGACAGUAAAACCAAGAUGUGUCCGGUCCCUUGCAGUAACUCUGCAGCAUCUCCCCUUCCUAGCAGGGCCGGACCACGAUGACGACCAGAGCGGUGAAUUGGUGUUCCUGCACACCAUCAUUGUUGGGUUAUCCACCCUCCAAGCCGCAAAGUGGUCAGCCGAUGGCCACAAAGUCCGCUAA